AAGAAAAAGGGGACGUGGUUACACAGCUAAAAAGCGGAGGAAAGCGCCGAUCGGGACUAUUUAUACCGUCACUUGACUGGACUUGGAAAUUGAUGAUCCAGGCAGUGCAGUAGCAGCCGUCCCGUCAGUGCCGUUGCCUUGCGUGCUUUCCCUUUACCCCAACCUAAUCACUUGAGACUGGGGCAGGUUCAAUUUCGAAUUCUUUUCCUUUAGAAUUCCAUCUAAAAAACCUAAGAUCAACAACAUUUUCUUCAUAUCAACUAUCCACUAUCCACUUAGAUCCGAUCGGUGUUUGUUUGUCCAGGGUCCAUUUGAUCGUGUCGCUAGGCCAAGACGCGAUUGAUUUUCGCUGGUUCGAGCCAGACCCAUUUUGACAAUUGGUCUUAUUAUUGGUAACGAGUGCCAAAACGGGGUUUGCCUGUCUUAUCGGAAUCAUCAAUCUGUCGUCAUCGAUCGUAAAAUCCCCAGCACGAGCCUUCGUGAAGCCCAGUUUUCAAGCCCCAGAUCCGAAGAGCGCCAUUCCCAUUUGAUUCUUUUCGAAAUCGGCCUUUUCCACUCCCUUCCAAAAUGGCUUGGGAACUCACUCGGCGGCGUUUCAUUCGCGCCAUCAAUAGCAAAUUCAUAUUUGACCGCAUCCCUCUUCUCCAUGCAGUCAUCUUCUUCAUCGAGAUGGCAAUUAUCGCGCGCCUGGUGUCGCGCUUUAACGCUUACUAUGAUGAACGGCCAGUCCUUACAAUGAUGGUAACGAACGCCGUCCUUGGUGGUAUCGCCGACACCGUAGCCCAAACCAUCACAUCCGUCCGAGAACGUGCGCUACGAAAACCCGGCGGUCUUACCAAAGACGACACAGUAGCUAUCGAGAUCCACGAACUAGACCGCAAGAACCCAUGGAACGAGCGGGAACUAAUCCCCGAGUCCAAAGAUCUUCCGCCUCCCUUCGACUUCGAGCGAUUAACGAGAUUUAUGGCAUAUGGUUUUGGAAUGGCUCCUUUACAAUAUAAGUGGUUCAGCUUUCUGUCGCGAGCAUUCCCCAUCACGAAGACGAGCGCAUUUGGCCCAGCGAUGAAACGAGUGGCUUUCGACCAGCUAAUUUUCGCACCCUUUGGUAUCGGAUGCUUCUUCACAGUCAUGACUGUAGCGGAAGGUGGUGGCCGAAGAGCUGUCGCUCACAAGCUUAGGGAUAUGUACAUUCCUACUCUGAAGGCGAACUUCAUGGUCUGGCCUGCUGUGCAAAUCAUCAACUUCAGGUUGAUGCCUGUGCAAUUCCAGCUGCCAUUUGUCUCUACCAUUGGUAUCGCCUGGACUGCCUACCUUUCGCUUACGAACGCUUCCGAGGAGGUUGAACAGAAACCAGCCCCCUACUCUCCUAAUAUUCGUCUAUAAACAAAUUGCAUGCCGCUCAGUGCACUAUAACUGGGCCCUCUCCUUACUAUAUAACAUCCUGACUUGGAAGUCAAUCCGGCGGGCGUUACGGUGUCGGAAAACAUGAUUUUCGUGUG